GGUGGGGCUAGUUCUAAUUAUGCGUUUCCUGCCUGAGCAGUGCAGUGUGUUUGGCUGAUGCUUACAGGUCGACUCAGUGGCAGCAGAGUAGAGUGAAGCUACCAUUAGACAGUUAGUGUUUGGCGGACCACAUGCUAGAGACAUGGGGCAGAGUCUCUCCGAGCCCAAGACGGAGAAGAAGACGGAGAAAUUCGAGAAUGUGCAGUUCUCUGUGGGAUCGUCCUCCAUGCAGGGAUGGCGUCUAGGUGAGCUCGCCGGCCACAAGCGGCUACAGCUGGCCAUCUAUAGCAUAGCAUCACAUGUAGCUACUGCAACACACUUGUCCCGUCUGUGCUAGGCGGUGCAAGCUUGACCGUCCACUUGCGGUAGAGUGCUCUUUUGUUUGCUGGUUACUGGGUACGUAUAGGGCCGCUAGUGAUAUGAACCAGUAUUUCAUCCUGACCUUUCGCAUCCAGUAGUAUACAACCCAAUGUAUCAUGUGAUGCCUCAUCCAGUGUGUGUGUGUGUGUGUGUGUGUGAUCUAACCAUAAACAUAGCUGAGAGUAAGAGAUCGAUACCAUCUUUAGCACUGGUCUUAUCAGCGGCAUUGCACUAGAAAUCAUCUUGAAAGUGACAAAGAAGGAAGUGGGCAUCUCUCUAUGUAUUUCCUCCCAGAGAUGGAGGAUGCCCACAGUGUGGAGCUGGGGUUUGCACAGGACCCGGAAUCGGCCUACUUUGCCGUCUUUGAUGGCCACGGAGGAGCCAAGUUUGCCCAGCUCUGCGGCUCUCGCCUUUCUCACUACUUGGAGACAGACUCUGCCUUCAGGAGUGGAGACUAUUCCACUGCCCUCAGCAACAGUUUUCUCUCCAUUGACAAGGAUCUCCAGGAAGAGCAGGAGCUGCAGACUGAACUCGGCGGGACCACUGCCAUAGUUGUUCUCGUCAGAGACAACAUGAUAUACUGUGCAAAUGCGGGAGACUCGAGAGCUGUGGCCUGUGUGGCUGGCAGAGUCAAGGAACUGUCAUUUGAUCAUAAGCCUUACAACCAAGGGGAACAAGCUAGAAUAUUCAGAGCUGGAGGAUGGGUGGAGUUCAACAGAGUCAACGGUAAUCUGGCACUGUCUAGAGCAAUUGCUGACUUCAACUUCAAACGUAACCCGGACCUUCCACAGGCAGAGCAGAUUGUCACUGCUAACCCUGAGGUGAUAGCAGUGGAUGUGACUCCAGAUCAUGAGUUCAUCGUACUGGCUUGUGACGGAGUGUGGGAUGUGAUGUCAAAUAUCGAGGUGGUAGAGUUUGUUAGGAAAAAGAUAGCAUCCAACAUGAAACCGCCAGAGAUCUGCGAGGCUCUCCUGGACCACUGCCUGGCCCCAGACUGCAGAAUGGGAGGAGUUGGCUGCGACAACAUGACAGCCGUCCUCGCCUGCUUCAUGCACAGAGACAGUUACGGAGACUUAGUCUAUCGCUGCUCCAGAGACUCUAGUCUAAUAUCACGAGUGAGACGGCUCUCCUCCCUCGGGAAUAUGGCAGAGUGGACAACCAAGUUGGGAAGUAGGAACAGAAGAAUGAGCGAGCCACCCUCGUUCACGGGUCAGUCCCCUGUGAUCCCGUCCAAUUUGGCCGGGUUGUCAGAUAAGACUGGUUUGUUGAACGGUGUGUCGUCGCCCGAUUCGGACAUUCCUCCGUUGACUGAAUCAAAGUCAGAGGGAGGAGAGGGAAAGGAGGAGGGAGAGGGCGAGGGGGGCACAGAGCAGGGGGAGGAAGAGGAUGAACUACCAGUUCCAUUUGAAACAACCUUGUAGCAUCGUCACUUUCAUGAUACACGUUUUUUUUGAAUUAUUCUGAAAUUUUUAACCUAACCUCAAAAAACUACAAGCAGCAGUUGUAAUAAUUCAGUGUCAAUCAUGCGUUCUGCCAACAACAGUACUCCAAUUGCCACCCACCACUACUAGGGUUACGAUUGCGUAUGCACCGAC